CCUCCAUCAGCACCGGCUCUGCUCCUGCAAGGCGUGCCGCUGCACACCGGAGCCCCCCAUGUGAUACUGACGGGAGAUGCAGGAGGUGGGGGCGUCCUGAAAGAGUUUGCCAGUCCCGACGCUUCAUCACUCCAGAUCCAGGCCACCCCGGGGCGGAGCUGCAUCGUACAUCGGACGCUUUGGAUAUUUGCUCCCUAAACACAGUCGUUCUGCUCUGGCUGCGUUUAUUGCGGAGGCUUAUUUAGACCGAAAGUAGCCAAAGACGAAAAGAGUUGGCCAUGGGAGCACAGAACUCAGCGCAGCAGGACGGGAAGAGCCAGGAGGAUGCCUCAGCCUCAGCUUCAGCCUCCGCCGGGGAUCUCAGCGCAGAAGUGAAGGCGCACCAGGAGGGAGACAGCGUCCUUGACAGAAAGUCUUUGCAGAAGAAUGGACAAAUCUCCAGCAUGACUAGCCUGAACGGACACUCGGAGGACAACACGCUAGCAGAAGUUGGCCAGCCAGAUGGGGUGUCUGUGGGUCAGAAGGAGGACGCUACUGAGACCAUGGACACCAUCCAGGAUGAAGUGACCCCUCAAGUAAAUGGAGAAAAAGUUGAUAAAGAGGCCCCCGAUGCAAAUGAUAUUUCAGCUGCUGAGGAGAAGGCUCCCGAGAAACAACCUGAUGAUGCAAGUGAAGUUGGUUUCAAGAAGAUCUUCCGCUUUGUGGGCUUUAAGUUCACCCUCAAGAAGGACAAGAGUGAGGAGAAAGACCCUGUGAAGCUCCUGACAGUCAAAGAUAAAGAAGGAGAGGAGGGCAGUGGGACAGAUGAGCCUGCGAAGGAAGAGGAGGAGAAGGAGAAAGAGAAGGCUCCUGCUGUUGAUGAGAAAAGCACGACUGAAGAAAAGGAGGCUGAUGCAGAGGCAGCUGCUGUCGAGGUCACUACAGAAACUGAGAAAGCUGAAACCACUGAAGCCACACCUGAAGGUGCUGCUGCUGCUGAAGCUGUCGACGAAGCAGUCAAGGAGGAAGGAGCCGAGAAGGAAGGUGAGAGCACUUCACCACCUCAGGAGGCUGCCAUGUCCCCUUUCAGGAAGUUCUUCAGUGGAGGUCUUUUCUCUAACCUGCGAAAGAAAGCGAGCAUAAAGAAGCCAAAAGAGGAGGAGGUCAACGAGGUGGCUACUGAGGAGGAGACUGCUAAGACUGAGGAAACUGUUACUGCUGUCGAAGAAAAGGAGGUCAAAGAUGUGACAGAAAAGGAAACAGAGGAGGAAGUGUCGGAGGCUGCUGUGGAGGAAAAAUCUGAGCCCAAGGAAGAGGCAGUGGUUACCCCACAGGAAACAAAAUCAGAAGAUCAUCCAGAGCCCGAGGUCACAGCUGAAACCCCUGCUGUUGCAGAAACAACUAAUGAUGAGGUAAAACAAGAAGAGCAAAAAGCUGAACCUCCCACAGGAGUGGAGGAGAAAGCUCCAACUGAGGUGACAUCUGAGGCUGAGCUGCUGUCAUCUCAGGAGAAGGCAAAGCCUCAAGGAAGCCCCCUGAAAAAGCUCUUCACUGGAGCUGGCCUAAAGAAGCUCUCAACUAAGAAACCGAAAACCAAGAAAGAUACUGAGGCCAAGCUCACAGAGUCUGGGGAGCAGGCGGCUGAGCAGCUCCAGGCCUCCACAGAGCCAGCAGAAGCUCCUAAAACUGAUAGUGGGCCCUCAUCUCCAGAGGAGUCGGGAGAGCAUGUUAUUGCUGUGGAGGUGACCCAGAAUGAGUCUAGCCAAGAGACUGAAGGUGAAGUUGGAUCUGAUGGAGAAAAGAAAAAGGAGGGCAUCAUGGCCUGGUCCUCAUUCAAGAAACUGGUGACGCCAAAGAAGCGUGUAAAGAGAUCAUCAGAGAGUGAAGAUGAAGCAGCUGCGGAGAAGCCAGCCAAGUCGGCCACCCUGUCCUCUUCUGAAAGUGCUGCAUUAGCAGAUAAGAGUGUUGAGGAGGAAGCUAAAGAAGAUAAGCCCUCUGAGGAAGAGCCAAAGACUGAAACCACUGAGAAGCUGCUCAGCAGCACCGAAGAGCCCAAAAAGAAAAUGGACACCUCUGUUUCCUGGGAGGCUCUAAUGUGUAUGGGUGGACCCAAGAAGAGGGGCAGGAAGACCUCUGAUUCUGAUGAUGAUGAGACCAAGAUUGAAGAGGAAACACCAGCAACAGCAGAAGCAGAAAAGGAGGGUAAAACAGAGGCUGCAACUGACACUGAAGGUGAACCAGUUUCUUCACCAGAACCUUUGCCCAGCCCCCCUGAAAGAGAGUCUACCUGGGGUACCCUAAAACGCAUGGUUAUGCCAAAGAACAAGGCCAAAAGUGAGGAAAAGCCUGACGAGUCUGCAGAGCAAGUCCAGUCUGACAGUGAAGCAUCAAAAGAUGAGUCAUCCUUCUCUCUGAGAAAAUUCUUCCCAGGACGCAAGAAGAAGAAGGUUGAAAAACAAUCUUCCACUGACCAGAGCUCAGGAGAGGAGGACUCUGAAACUCCAGCUGUGGUUCCGCUUUCAGAGUACGAUGCACAAGUCGAAACUGAACCCGAGGCACAGUCAGAACCAGCUCCUGUCCAGAUUAAGGUGUCAUCUGAAGACAGAUCCCCUUCGUGGAUCCCGGCCGAUGUUGAAGACGCUGCUGAUAAACACGAUCAGCUGAGUGAUAUCCCAGAGGAAGCAGAGAAUGCUGCUACACCAAAGUCUAUUGAUACUGACAUCGCAGAGGAUGAAACUGAGGACCCAGCCAUGCUACCUAAACCCCCGGGACGCACAGGGCGCCGACUCUCCACCGCUGAGGUCAAGCCUGUCGAUCCAGCUCCAGCUGCAGCAACCACCCCUGUUCCUCAGACACCCAAGUCGGAGAAUGCAGAAGAGGUUAUGCAGGGUGUUGAGUCCCAAAUCAGUGAAAUCCCAUCCCAGACAUGUGUGGCUGUAGAAGAUGUACGAUUAGAGGUAGCUGCUGAAAAGACGGAGCCUGAACCACCGAUUGACAGUGCUAAGGCCACAACAAAUACCAUCCUCGAGCCACAUACUCACGAAGAGGCCAUGGCUAUCUGCACUGGCCUCGGCACCAAGGAAAUCGCCAAAGUAGCUCUGGAGAAGCCCGCACAGCCUAUGGUAGAGACUGUGGCGGUGAUCCGUGAUGCUCUGUGCUCUGAGGUGUCAGUGGAAGAGUUGGACCCACCUACAGUGGAAGCAGUAUUUACAGAAGACCCAGUGUUGACGGCCCAAGUGCAGCAAGUAGAACCCACUGAACUUGAAGUUGCUGUUGAAAGUUCAGGGAGUGAUGGAACUAUUCAAGUUGCCAGCUUUUGUCAAGAACCGGAGAUUGAGAAGGUUGGAGUUGUGAACACUGUCACAGAGGAGUCUGAGGUCCUUCAGCCCACCACAGUAAGCGAGAACUCCCCUAAAACUGUGCUAGUCAGUCCCAUUGUUCCGACCUCCGAAGCGGUUAUCUGCGCCCAAAGUGUUGAAGUCUCUGAGGUAACUGUAGAGACCAAGGAAGUAGAGAUGGAAAUGGAGCACUUUGCUGCCACUGAAGAAAAUAUCCCUGUACAAGAGGUGUGUCAGGCUACAGCUGCAGAGAUGUCAUCAGACAUAUGUGAAACCACAAAGGCCACCAUCACAGAACAGACUGAACCGCCCAUCCCUGUAGUUCUUCCAAGUGAGGCGGCUCCUGUUAUCACAGAUACAGUUGUCCUUGUGGCUCCAGUCAGUGUGGAAUCAGAGAAGGCGGCGGCCACAGAAAGUGCCUCCGAGUCUAAAGUAGCUGAUGUUGAACAGUUCAAUUCACAGGAAACCACGAAGGAGGUUGCAAAGACCGCAGAGGCUGCUGCCACCCCAAUAGUAGAGCCAGUGGUCAGUUCAGUUGCUAAGCAGGCCAGCGAGAAGACAGAGGAAAUCAAGGAGGAAGCCCCACAGGUCAGUGAAAUUGAGGUUCAGAGCAUGGCGAUUGCUCAGACUGUCAUUCAGGAUGCUGUAGAUAAAGUUUCAGAAGAUGUACCUGAGCCAAAGAAGCCUCCCACUCCAUCAGCCGCCAUCCCAACACCAGUUCAGGCAAUAGCAACAACAGAAAACGAGAUCGACAUCGCAGCCGAUGCACCUGUUGUCACCGAGACCCCUGUUCCCAUCGUCUGUGAAAAAACAGUAACAAAGUCACCUCAGCCACUCAAUGUUGCCAUUCAGGUCAUUGAUGCUAUCCCAAUCGAGGUCACUGAGAAUCUUGAAGAGGUGGAAAAGAAACCAGAAGAGGGUCAGAAGCAAGAUGCAGAGAUUAAAGUAAGUGAGGAAACGCUUAAGACAGAAGAAGAAGGACAGGUAAAAGAAGAGAGUCAGGAAAGUGAAGAGCCUGCACAGGUCAAGGAGGAACAGAGCAAAGAUCAGGAAGAAGUUCCUGAAAAGGUGGAAUCACAAUCAGAGGAAACCAAGCUUGAAGCUCCCUCAGAGGAAAAGAAAGAGAAAGUGCUUGAAGUCCACAUGCCCAUCCAGGUGGUCCUGCAGACAGCGCAUGUGGUUGAGGAACCAUCAAUCAAAGAAGAGGCCGUUGAAGAGUUCGACAACAACGGCCCUGCAGCUCAAGACACCAAUGCACCACCCAAGAGCAGUGGAAGCGAGAAGCUCCCAGUGCUGGAGGAAGAACCUCAAGCGAUAAAUGCAGCGGAGGACGCAGCUGGCACAUCGGAGACCGAGAAAACACCGUCAAAGUGUGCAGAAGUGAUGGCGCAGGUGAUUGAGGUGAUCGAGGAGGCUGUGAAGGAGAUCGAGCCUGUGUCCACAGAGAUCACAGCAGCAUCAUGAGCAGCAGAAAGGAGGCGACUGAUGCCUGGGAGACACACUGUCUGGACCAGGACAUGAGUGAUGAGGGAGAGAAAGAGAGACAGUAAGAGACAAAAAGAAGCUGCUCUGGGGUAACAUGCUGAGAACGACCUCGGCCAUCCCGCCCAGAGAGAAGAGCAACAGCACCGCCAUUCUCUCCAGCUGCCCUCCCACCUGUAUUCCAACCCCGUCCUGCAGCCCUGUCACCGCAACGUGACGACCCACUGUUCCACCCUCACCCCACCCACUCACUCACACUUUCACAAACACACACUCAUGCAUGUCUUGUGCCCCAGAAGCAUCCCAUCUGGCUUGUAGUCAGUGCAGUGUAUCUACAGUGUCCCAGUGACUUUCCAUUGCCCUUGUUGCACACCGCAAGAGUCAGCAACCCGGCUGAGUGUGUUUCUGUGCAUAUGUGCGUGCGUGCGUGUAUGUGAAAAGAAGGAAGAGUAAGAUGGUCUUAGAAAGUGACGAGAUGGAUUAAUAUCCUGUAAAUUGUAUUUAUAUCUUGAUUAUUCUUUCAUUCACUCCUAGGUCUUUAUUUUUUUCUUUAUUUUGCUCUGUUUUGUUAUUGUAUGGACUUUGUUGCCUGUUUUUUAAUUUCUAAUAUUAAGCUGUGAUAUAACAGGUAUUUUUGAGCAACAUAAGAAAGCAGACUUUAAAGUUAGAUGCCCACGUCUACAGUAUUUCUUACUAAAUGUAUCUGGAUGAUCAGAAUUUACCAAAACAAAUGUGAAAGUGUUACAUAAAAGUGCUUAGUGUAUCACAGCUUUAACUGUCAUUUUCAAAGAUUAUUAGGAUUUGUAGCAAGCCAUGGUACAAGUGUUAUUCCUCUGGCAGAAAAAACAAGAAGUAGGGGCAGAGAGUAUGAUGAUACUUUGCAGAAAUGCAUCACAUGUUUGACUUUUGCCACAUUCUCUUGUCACAGUUUGUCCUUCACCACUCGACACCCCGAUCAAAAUGCAGCUCAAAGUAGAUAAGAAAACAAUCACUGCCUGGUUUACUGUAAAAACACAUUGUUACUCAUUGUUUCAUGUAAUAAUACAAUAAAAUACUAUUAAAACCACCUCAUCUGAUACUGUGACACAGGCAUGCGGUAAACAGUGCAAAGAAUAUUGAUGGCACUUUUUGACUCUGGGUAGAUGUGCAUUUAUGAAACACUUACACUUGUCUGCAGUGUUUAAUGACCCUGUUUUCUGACUUACUCUGUGAAAUAUGUCUAACUGAUGUGAAGCAGUUUAACACUUUCUCUGCUGCACUAUAUUUACAUUUGGUAAUGAGAUGUUAACGCCCUCUGCUGCCUACAAAAAGCACUACAGCCCAUUAGUCUUAACUCAUUGGUGUCAUUUUCUUUUUAACUUCAGCUAUAUAUUAACUAAAGGUUGGUAAAGUAUGAGAUCAUCGUCCAGUUUCGACUUGACCUGCACUUGUUCACCACGCAUGGUCGCUCAGGGUCAACAAACUGGCACCAGGGAGGAUGUAGACCAAGAGGUUGAUCAAUAAAGCGUGGUACCAUAAAUUAAAAACAAUAGCUCAUUUUACUCUUAAUUUAAAAGCCAAAUCAAGUUAGGAUAAAUCAGGGAGUCGUGGUUUCCAUUGCUCACAGGAUAGGAAAUCAGUUGCAUCCAAUUAUAUUCCCAAAGCCUCUACUCAGCUACUUUGAUUCGGGCAUCAAAACUCAAAACCGAGUCAAAAGUCGGGGCCUAUUUUGGAGAUUUAUUGGCAGAUGAUUUCUGAAUAUCUGCGUCAUCCCUGUGAUGCAGUUUCACCACCAAAGUAAUCGCUUUCCUAUUGGUUACAACUCCUGAACAAUUAAUUUAAAAGAAAAAAAAGGAACCUCUUCAGAUGUGAGUUCUAUUAUCCAAUCAGUUUAAUUUAGUGGGUGAUGCUAGUAGCUCUGAAGGCUCCCCUUUCACUCAGCUUUAUUGCCAAACAAGUCAAGGAUCAGGAAGUCUGGACCAUUAUCUAGGUCACCACUUCACUUUGCUUUGACUCCAGAGGGCCUGUCACAUUAGUGAUAUUUGCUUUAUGUAAAAUAAGUGAUUUAAAAAGAAAACGGCGAACUAAAGACUUUUGCUAUUGCUGCAUAUUGUAUAUUAAGCAUUUAGGGGCACCCGCCCACCUUCAGUCCUCCCUGCUUUUUGUAACACUCUUAACUGUGAACCUGUUAACAUUUGUACAGAUUGUAUACCUACUGUAUGUACUUAAAUCAUAUUGUUGUAAUAUUAACGAUUAACCUGCAGGCAUUUAGCAUAAUAUUCAUGUAGCAUGUCUUUUAUAUUUCCCAAGCUGUUAAUAGUAAGGAUUCAGAAACUUGUCUAUAUUUCAUUCAAUAAAGUUAGAGAAAAACGG